AUGCUACAUGAUGCCGUGGUCCACAAGAAGACGCGCGUGAAAAGAGGCGGCAAGUGGAUGUGGCUGAAGCCCACUUACGUCAAGAUCUCCACUCACAAGUUACCGGAUGGUCGAAAAUUGAAGGUGAAGGCGGGCGCCCAGAUUAUCGAUCGCGCAUGGCGCUUCAUCAAAGAUCGUCUGAAGCGAAAUCAGCAGGUGAAGGCCAACUCGUCGCUACUUGCCUCCCAAAUUCGCAGUGCCCAGUAUGAGUACUGGCGCCGCAACGAUGAUCUUCGGGAAUGCACCGGUGAUCUGGUGAAGGAGUACAUGCGUGGGUUUGCGAAGAGACCCAACAAGUGA